GGUACCUUCGGUAGGCAACACUGACACGACAGCUCCAGGGCAAUCAGCAUGGCGGCUCUCUGUGGUGAUUUCGAACUGUGGCUUGCUGACAAGUUACGCGCGCUCAGUAUUGACCCCGACGUGUUCGGAAGCUACAUCACAGGCAUCCUCGAAGGAACCGAGACGGAGGAAGAGAAGUCCGAGGCCCUCCAAGGCAUCCUUAGCGAAGUUUGCGAGGACGGAAUAUCGGAGGUUAAGGAUGAAAUCUUCAGCAAAUGGUCUGCGUACACCCAGAGCCCAGCGGAAGGGAAUGUUCGGGUGGACGACGAAGGGAAGUACAACGUCGAAGCGAAGCUAGUGAGUCUCAUGGAGGAACAGGCCAAAUCGGUGGUUCCAGAAAAAAGCGUGACCGUCGAAGAACAAAAGUUACGGCAGGCCAUACUUGCCCAGUACGCCGAGGUUUCCGAUGGAGAGGAGGAGUCGAGCCCAGUUCCGAAAGCUGCAGCGGUGCCAGAGGCUGUCUCUGCAGCUGCCUCCACAGGAGCCCCACACAAGGAGCAUUAUGCUCCCAAAUUGCUGGCGCGCAACACCAACGCCGAGACGGUCGCGCAUGCCGAGAAGGAGAAGCGUGAGCUGAGCAAACAAGAGCACGAACGCAAGAAGGCGCAGGACAAGCUAAACAGAGAGAAGCAAAAGCAGCAGCAGCAGGAUCGCAAGGACAAAGAGCGCAAACGCACGCAGAAGGGAGAACGGCGGCGGUAGCACCGACUUGGCGAGUCGAUCCCGUUCCACUUCUUGUUACUCCCCCGCGAGUCCUCCUAAUACUCCCCCUUUGAUGCCCUCUUCUCCGUUCCCUCCUUUGCUUCUCAGCGAUGUUGUGCUGCUACACGGUUGUAACGCGCAUCGGUGCCUGUUUAUGCGGUCGGUGCUGCCUGGCUGCGAGGUUGUUACGCCUUUAUGUGCUGUUCUGUUGUGCACACGUGUUCGUUUGCUAGUUCCGGGCAGUGUAGGCGCAGGACCCGGAUCCUCGGCGACCCUAGCAACAGCUUUUGCACGUCAGAAGUCUUGACGUCACGAGGUACUAUAAUAAAUAAAUGUGAAUUGCCAAGAGAAGCAAACUUUAAAACGAUUGCGAUUUUGAACUGCAGUUUCAGCAGGAAUGCGAAAAUUAGUCUGUCUCCUCAAAACGCCAAGAUUCGCUCUUUGUGCUCCCUCUUUUCUUUUGGUGAAUGUCUUGUUCUUGUUUGCCAUUCACUUGUGUGUCUUGUGGGUGUGUACGCAGUUAUCUCUUUGUGUAUUGUGUGUACUGCAGUUACCCAAGAUACUUUCCCCAUUCAACAUUUUUUUCUUUAUUUUUUUUUUUUUUGUGGUGGUUCAACUUGAAAUUUGUUGAACCGAAGCUACAUUAAAAGUUGGAGGGCAAAGUCUCUGCACGCAAAAGCCUCCCUAAAAAAACUGAAUGGGGAAGAAAAUAGAUUUCGGAUUUCCCAGAGUCAAAAAUCUGUCAUAAAGUCCGAGGUUCCACGUUUUCGGUGUUCAUUUUGACCAAAAUCUCCGAGCAGUUGUUUUUUUUACAUUUAUUUUCAUUACCAUAUUCAACGCUUUUCUGUGUUUCUAUAUCGCCGAAGAGUUGAUUAGUCGAUUUCUCGUACCUAUAUUGAUGGUGGUUUGUUAAUACCCACAAUUUUUUCACUAUCAGGCACGUCCAUGGUAUCAUAAAGAACUAGGAAUCAUUAAUUGCUUCACAUCAGCGUGUUACAAAAGAGCACGUUUAUGAGUAUAGUAUACUUUCUAAUUCCUGUUACUCAACUGGAUGGGCUCCUUUUUGUUAUAUAUUCUGUAUAGAACAUUCUCUUGGCACUCAUACUCAAGACUGGAAUAGUCAAGAUGUUCAGUACCAUGUUUAACAAACAUGACCAGUCGGAAGCAGCACUUCUUGAAAGUGAUUGCAUUGAAUGCUAUUUCUAGAAAUGAUGUCUUGAGGGUGUCAUUAUUACACAAAUGAACGCGGUAGACGAGUUUGUACAAAUCAAAGCCUACAGAAGCUCGAGUUCCAGGGUUGGGUUCAACAUGCGUGGUUUAAACUAGGGAGGCACUAAAUUGUUGUUGAAGCGCAUCUCGUGCGGUGGUUCCUAAGCUUAUCCGUGCAGAAUAUCGCUUGUUAACGAACAAACCUUCGUUUGUAAGGAACGAAGCUGCUUUAGGAUGUUGUGACUUGUCUGCCGAACCGAACUUGGCACCACUUGGUUCAGCGUCCUAAUGGUGCACUUCAACGUCGUUCCAUUUUAAAAGAGCUGCUCUAACACGAAUCAUGUGAUGGGCACAUCAUAAACGGGAGUUAUUUUAAACUGAUAAAGGUAAUUCAAUACUGCCUCCAAAGUGAACAAAAGCUCUACAAGUAGGCAUUGCUCACACAUCUACUGAUGGCUUUUUUAUUUAAAUUUUUUUUUUAUCAAAAUGCAACACAAAAAACUAGACCCCCCUUCCUUUUUUCCUUCCCACUUCCUGACGUAUUUAUUUAUUUAAAUUUAAAACAUCCCUCCACUGCGGUUAAGCAAUGGAAAUAAACUCCAAAAUAUAAUCUUUUUUAAAUAGGUAUUAGAUUGAUAAUGCAAUUAAUGCAAAGGUGCAAGCAAUCUGGACAAGAAUGAUAAUGAACCCUGGAGAAGGGGAACAAGAGGGUCAAAGGACAAACACAAAUCUCCAAACACAGCUAGGCGACUCCAAACACAGCUAGGUGGGGUAUUAGAUGGUUGCCAUUUUGGGGUACAUCGGUUCAAACCAAGUUUACGAAAAAGAACUUGGCGGGCAAUUCUUGGCCCUCCUUUGGUGAACACCGAGAAAGCUAAACCCUACCUAUGAAGGUGAAAAUGACAACAAAGUUUUAAUCUCUCGGUGCAUUUGCAUGUAAUGAUUUAAUCUUAAGUGUUGAACCAUAGCUGAUGGGACAUGAACCCAAUGCCGGUGAUCGGUAUGUAGGCUGAUCAUCCAUCUUUGAGAUUAUUGAAGCUGCAAAAGAAAAAGAAUGUUUCUAUUUUGUUUUCAGAAUUGACUAGAUGAAUGCUCGUUUUUGCCCCAACAAAUUGUGAAAGGUUGCCAACCAUUCGCAUGAAAUGUCAACCAUGUUUCACACCACUGUCAUUACGAUGGUUUGAAAACCAUUGCAAGCUGUUUGCGGUACUCCGUGGCAUUUGUGUUCAAAUAAGGCAGCUCACAACACUAAUUUUUUUUCAUUCAGUGUCAAUUUAAUAAUUAGUGGAUGUGUGAAGCCAGUGUUCAGGGCUGACUCUUUUUUGGGUGGAUCUGUAUUGAGCGAGUUACAUUUCCUAGCUGCUGUGUUUUUCUUUUUAGAGUCGAACCUACACAUUUGUACAUGUGAUGGGUGUACCAUUUCUAGCAGUAGUGUUUUAAAGAUGAAUACAAGCAUGGCCAUAUUUCGAAUCGGUUUAUCCUAUUGGCGCGGCAGUUGUUUCUAGACUGACGUGAAGAGUUCAUGGUACCACGGUGAUGGUUACUCUUGCCCAUGUUGGCGGAUUGCUGCUGGUCCUUUGCAAGAACCCGAAAGAGGGACAAAAAGCAUUUGGAAUGUGUGUCGCAGAAAAUAUGUAGACUAAAGAAAACUAUAUUUUAGAACUGCCCCAGUACUUAUGCUGCACCAUGUUGUCGAAGCGGAGACUGUUUCUCGCAUAAAGAGAAUCAGUUGGAAGAGAGGACAUUUGUGAUUCUAAAUUUCCCUUGCAAUGUAGGCUUUGGGUUGAUUGAAAUUUCUCAGAUCUUUAUUUAUUUUGUGUUACAUGCUUUGAGGCAGUUAGCAAAAAAAAAAGUGUUUUCAUCCUAUAUAUUACUGAUGUUUUCAUCUUAGCGUUCCAGCUAGUAAAAUCAAAUAGUUUCCAAGUGCAACCAUUGAUCUUAGCUGGCAUGGAGUGUUUUGCACACUAGCGUUAAAGUGGUUCAGUGAACUAUGUCGUGACCUUAAUGCCCCAAUGGACACUCGUUAAAAAAAAUAUUGCAUUGUUAUGGGCUUCGAGAGUGAGCCACGCCUCUACAGUAUACAGCACUGCAGGUAUGCAAAGGUAAAACUAAAAUGCCGCAUAUUUUUAACAUCACUAGAAAAUUUAAUCCCCAAACUUGGAGUUUACAUACACUGUGUUUAUGACUUUUUUUUUUUUUUUUUCCUUCUCUCAAGAGAAGGAUCUUUUUCCUGUUGUGCACAAAACAUGCAAAGCUCUCGCAGUUUGGAAGGGAGGAGGAUAAGAUGAUUAUCUGCCUUGCAGAAGAAAGUCUUUUUACCUUCUGUAAAUUGUAUGAAUGGAUUGAUAAAGGGUGCCAGGUCUUUCUUUAAUCUACCCAUAUGAGUUGCAGGCAUUUUAUGGUUUAGUGACGUAGAGAACGAAGGGGAGGGGGGGAGGGAGGAAGGAAGGUAUAGGGGGCAAAAGUCUGCCAAAAAUCACCUGCCAAGCGUUUUUUUUUUCUUUAGGGGCGGGUUUUUGUAUUAUAGAAUAAAUCUUACUCUGCAUUAAAAAACAACAACAAAGAUUUGAAAUAGCAAAGCAGUUUUGUGCUACUGGCAGAAAAGACUACAUCAUAAAAUCUAGGGGCUCGAAGUUACUAUCCAUUGUUUUAAAGAACCUACUGGAAAGUGUUACUCUUCAAGACUGUUACAUGCACAACACAGUGCGUCUCUAGCAUAGUGUGGUGUUCCCUGAAAAGGGUAUGCUCUCUUUUAAAGCCAUGGGUUUUCAAUUGUACCUUUCUAUAGCAAAGUAGAGUUGAGGUAUGCCUGUAAUACCAGUACAGGGAUUAGGGGAAUGCACGUAGCAAAGUGACAAACAAAGCUGAUCUUACAAUGGAGGCUUUUUUGUAUUUUACGCAUGCCAUACAGGAAUUGACAUGGCCCUAAUUCAUGGAACUUGUACCUCUGAUGCAUGGUCACACAUGUGUCGUGCCCAUAAUCGCGAAUCAACAUCCUACGUUACAUUAUCGAUUUUUGGAGCGCGUCAUUAAGCAGCGCUUUCGAGGCGGAGUGAAAAGAAACAGUCUCUUUCUUUUGAGUCCAGGUUGCGUUCGUCAUGUGAUAUUUUGGAGAGAAAACGAAAUGGGACCGUCUCUGUAGUCUGUGUACGUUUUGACGCAACCCACGUUUUUCGGCCCAGUCAACAACUACUACUACCACCUUCAUGGUGUAUUUUUAGUUGAGAGUAUAUUUAAGAGAAAUGAGCAGUUGCAGACAAUAAAGAAUCCUUGUCGGUUGUGA